GCUCACCAAUUUCUUUCUCUCUUUCUCUCUCUCUCCACCACCACCUCCGCCACCCCCACUCCCCCCUCUCAUCAAAAACCCUAGAUCGAUCCGUCCUUUUCUCCCCGAUCCCCCGAUGUCGUCAUCUUCCUCCUCCGACGACGAGCUUGGCGGCGCCCGGAUCCCGAUCGGGCAGCGGCCGGAGUGGUCGGACGUGCGGCCGGUGCCCCAGGACGAGGGGCCGCGCCCGGUGGUGGCGAUCGCCUACUCCGGCGAGUUCCGCGAGACCAUGGACUACUUCCGCGCGGUUUACCUCGCCGGGGAGCGGAGCCCCCGCGCCCUCGACCUCACCGGAGAAGCCAUCGAGAUGAAUCCCGGGAACUACACUAUAUGGCAUUUCAGACGACUUGUACUUGAGGCGCUGAAUGUUGAUCUUCUUAAAGAAAGGGAAUUUGUUGAUCAUACUGCUUCACAUAAUUCAAAAAAUUAUCAGAUCUGGCAUCAUAGGCGGUGGCUUGCAGAGAAAUUGGGGCCGGAGGCUGCGAACAGAGAGCAUGAAUUUACAAGGAGUGUACUUGCUCUAGAUGCAAAAAAUUACCAUGCCUGGUCUCACAGGCAGUGGGUUCUUCAGGCAUUGGGUGGAUGGGAAAAUGAGCUUGACUACUGCCACCAACUUCUUGAAGACGACAUUUUCAAUAAUUCAGCUUGGAAUCAGCGAUACUUUGUGAUCACAAAAUCUCCACUCCUGGGGGGCCUCCAAGCCAUGCGAGAUUCAGAAGUUGACUACACAAUCGAAGCGAUCUUAGCAAACCCGCAAAAUGAGAGUCCGUGGAGAUAUCUACGCGGCUUAUACAAGGGCGAGACCAACUUGUUAUUGAACGAUAACCGCCUCACUGAUUUAUGUUUGAAAGUUCUAAAAACCGACUGCAGCCGCGUGCUUGCUUUGAGCCUUCUCUUGGAUCUCCUUUGCAAUGGUCUCCAGCCUUCUGAAGAACUCAAGGAGGUGGUUGAAUCUAUGAGGCACGAUAGAUCGGAGCCCUCGAAUGCGAAUCUAGCGGCUGUUAUUUGCUCUAUCUUAGAGGCGAUGGAUCCAAUGCGACUAAACUACUGGGCAUGGCGCAGAAGCAAUCUUCCGUCUGAGAUUUGUUGACUGUUUUAGUUUCGAUUUUAACAUAGCCUUCUUGUACUUCAUUAACUAUCAUGCAUCAACUAGUGUAGUGACCCGCGCGAUACGGCGGGUAGAUAUUAAUAUAAUCAAUUAUAUGUGUUUAUCCUUCUCCACCUAAAAUAUUAUUAUAUCAUGUCAUAUUUGAUAAUCAAUUCUGUGAUUUCUAUUUA